GUUCUCCUCUAAUAUACAUUCUUGCAUGCACAACAUGAGUAUACAUACACAAUCCUCAAUCAGCUUUGCUUUUACCUUCAUCCAUGUAAUUAUGAUAUCAUCUAAAAUUGUAUAGUUAUGCUGCAUAACCUCAACCUUCACCAUGGGAAUUGUAUCACGCAUUCAUACCCUCAUUUUGGUACUAAUGAUUUCCCAGGUGAUGUAUUCUACUGAGACAGACCUUACGGUUGACUCUGUUUUGCCACCAAAUUUCACCACUGCUGGUGCAAACUUCUUCACUUAUACUGCCUUACGUGUCCUGAUCGGGGCUGAUCUACCUACAGCUUUUGAGAUUCUGAAAGUUAGCGAGGCUGAAUUUCCUGCCUUAAAUGGUCAGGGCAUUUCUUAUGCUAUGCUGCAGUUCCCUUCAGUCUCCUUAAAUCCUGUUCACAGCCAUCCUCAUGCUGCUGAGCUUCUUUUUCUUUUCAUAGGCUCUCUAGAAGUGGGCUUUGUUGAUGAGAAAAAUGUGUUACAUAUUCAGACACUUCAAGCGGGAGAUCUGUUUAUCUUCCCUAAGGGGGUUGUUCACUAUCAAUAUAACUAUGGGCAGGACCCUGCUUUUGCGAUUUCUGCCUUCGGUAGUGCAAAUGCUGGAACCAUAAGUCUUCCCAGGUCUGUUUUUUCAACUAACAUCAGGGAUGAUAUCAUUGCCAAGUCUUUUAAGAUUGAUGUAUCAACUGUUCAGAAGAUGAAGGCCUCUAUUACACCCAAGGGCAAAGGCACAGUGAAAGAACCUUUUCUUAGGUAGAUUUUCGUUGUUAAAUGGAUUGGACUUGAUGUGCUUGCAAGUGGUGUCUAUGUAUUCAGGGAGAUUAGUUUCAUCGGUGUGCUUAAAAUGCUGGCUCAGGUGUAUUAUGGGCAACCGCAAAAAAUGCUUUCUCGGUGAUGUUGUUCAACUAAAACAAGCUAUUAAUCAAGUAAGAGCAAGGGGAGAAUAUAAUUCUACUCCUGCUCGUGGAUCCAUUACUUU